AUGGACCCAGCUGUAAUAUAUGUAAAACAAGUGCUUGAUAUCAUAAGCAAGGCGAGCAAUAAGGGUAUAAAAGGAAUUGCACACAUACCAGGUGGCGGGUUCAUAGAUACCAUCUAUCGUGUUUUCGGUAUAGGGCUUGGUGCUCUUCUUUAUAACGACUCUUGUUUGGUUCCCCCUAUUUUUAAAUGGAUCCAAAAGGCUGGAGGGAUUGAAGAUGGUGAAAUGAAAAGGACUUUUAAUAUGGGAAUUAGGAUGGUUUUGGUUGUUAGUAAAGAGGUUUCUGAAAGGGUAGUUAAGGAAGAAGGUGAGAUGUUGUAUCGUGUUGGUGAAGAUGGAAAGAUUGAAGCUGAAGUUAAACUUACUGGAAUCUUAAGCUGA